AUGUAUUGGGCAGAGACAUUUACGUCUUAUAAAGUGAUCAUCUAUACGUACAUCGGAUAUAACGUCUGGGAUAUACCUACUGACUAUCCCGCCAUUCUCGGCAGCAAAUAUACCUACGCGACCGAACUCCUCUACAAUCCCAUUUUAGCCCUCGUCAAGACCUCCAUCCUACUCUUCCUGCUUCGUCUAACCGGCCAGAAACACUCAGUACGCCUGGCCAUCUGGGGUCUCUUAAUUUUCAACGGUAUCGCCGCCAUCACUACAUUUCUUAUCACUGUUCUGCAUUGCAUCCCAAUUGCCGCUAAUUGGGAUGCGGCUUCAUAUCCCAAUGCGAAAUGUCUUGACUUUGCGAACUUCGUCACCGGCACGGCCUCAGUUUCCAUUCUCACGGAUAUCCUUGCCUUAAUACUACCCACCUGGAUCGUAUAUCGCCUGCAGAUGCAACGGAGACAGAAGUUGAUGCUGAUUGGCAUUCUGUCCUUGGGUCUUUUAACUGUGGCGGCUGGCAUUAUUCGACUCAUUCUCCUUGACCAUUUCGACCGUCAUAUGCCGGAGAAUUACACGCACUCGGUCCUCUUUUGUGUGUCCACCAUCGAAGUUGGCCUAUCGUUCAUCGCUGCGUGUGCUCCCUCGUUUAAGCCGCUCGUUACCCGGCUCGUCCCGAAGCUCUUCGGCUCCAGCCGCACCGGCCGGUAUAACAGCUCCAGCAACCGUCUGGGCUACAACCUCGAGGACACGUCAAACUUCACACGCCGCACGCACGACCAGACCAUCACCGUUGAAGCUGGCGGUGGCGAGCUUGGCCAUAGUCACACGAAAUCGAAAGCCGAUAAUGUGAUCACCAUGACAACGGAAAUGGAGGUUACGUGGGGUCGGUCUAAUUGCGAGGAGCAGGAUACCAGCAGUACGGAGAGUCUUGUCUACGGAAAGGGAAGUAGCAGGCGUUCUAAAUGA